UAAGAUAAGGAUGUUAGCUUUGCAGAAUGUCAGAUAACAUUUCUUGACAAACAGUGGCCUCGUGAUGAUAGACAGUAUAUAGAGAGAUAGAGGAAAGAAAGGUCAGCCUUUUGCAUUCCAGCCUGUCUCAAAGACAAAGAGUAAUUCAACAAAGAGGAACAUUUUAAAAAAACGAGGGGAACAAGAAGAUGUUGAGGUUUUGGAUGCUCCUAUUCUUUGUGAGCUUAACAGUGUCAAUAAGCGAAAAAAAACAAAAAUGCCUGGGAGGAGGUGGUCAUAAGGACAUACCCACCCAAGAGAACAACUUAAAAGAAUGUACCCUGUAUACCAAAUCCUCUUGCUGUCAUGCAGACAUUACAGAAGAAUUAGCUCAUUCUCCAGUAAUUAAAGUAAACACCACCUACUGGAACAGAUGUGGAAAUCACAGUAAAUUGUGUGAGGAUUAUUUGAAGAAGAUAGAGUGCUUUUACAGGUGCUCACCGCAUGCUGCUUUCUGGGCACACCACCAAUAUGAAGCUGCUAUUGAUUCUGUCCCCGUGUGCAAAACAUUCUGUGAUAACUGGUAUGACGCUUGUAAGAAUGAUUUCAUCUGUGUCAAGAAUGCUUUGACAGACUGGGAGAUUGAUGAAAGAGGAGAAAAUCACUGUAAGAAUGAGUGCAUCUCUUACAGAAAGAUGUAUGCCAAUGGGACUGAAAUGUGCGAGACCAUGUGGGGCGUUUCGCUCAAAGUUAGCGAUUCCAACUGCCUCUGCCUGCAGAUGAAUGAAAUGGAUGACAAUGUGAUAAAAAUCAUUAAGGAGAGGUCUUCCAAUAGUAGCACCACCACCAGCACCACCACCAAAGAUGAUGAAGAACUGUGCCACCUCCAGAGAGACAAAAUAAAGCAGAUGGAGAUGACAAGAGAAGAAGCCACAGGAAUAUAAUGUCAGUGGUAGAAGAGAGUUUUGGGAAUUCCACAAUCCUUCCAUCAGCCAAAAAAUCCUACUGCAGUGAAGUUGCUAGGACCAAGCAUCAGGCAACUUCUUUCUUGGCACACCUUCCCUGAUGACACUGUUUGCUCGUUUUCAGAGUCCUAUUAACAAAUUGUUCAAAGGCUGUUUGUGCAUCAGACUGUCUUGGAUGGGAGGAAUGGGAAAUGUUUAUUUGAUAUGACCACUGCAUCUAUUUGCAUUACCAGACAGGACAGCUGUCUCUUCAACUAUGUGAAUAGUUGUAGUAGAAACAUCAGAGACACAUGCAGCUACUUUUGUAUUUCUUUGUGGUAGAUGUGUUUACUAUUUUAUAAUGGCAGUAUUUGUGUUUUAGACAAUAACACCUUCUUGCUCUCUUUUUCUUUGUCCCUAGUCCAGGACACUCUCAGCUUUCCUUUUAAGACAUUAGAACCAUGUUUGGUAUUUUUUGCUGAAAUAGGGUUUAGUGCACGUGUUUUUCAGCUGUUAAUCCACAUCAGCAUCCAUUUUCCUUUAAUGUCAUUAUCCACCCUACCCCCCUUUGUUCCAGUUUUAUCUGCCUUUUAGGGGCUUUGUAGAAGGGCCUUUUAAUCCAAUGCCUUGUCUUUUGUUAACUUCUGGUGUACCUGGAAAUAUGAUUUUGGAAAUACGACCUUUCAGACAAUCCAAAUGGAGAAGACAGGAUGCUUACACACAUCGGAUGACCUGCCAAAAAGAUGGACAGCCAUUCAUAUUAAUUGGUGGUUUUUAAAUUACUGCAAUAGGUUACAUAAAGGCUUUUCAAGGAAUCUGGCAGAAUCAUAUUAUUAAGGUCUGUUGAAGCUAUCAAUAUUAGGUUAACUCCAGAUGGGUAAAAAAAUUGUCUGAAAGUCCCAGGUUUGCUCUUGUACAAACCGAUGUUAUUUUUGGAGAUUUAUUUGAUGUUUUUCUCAUUACAAAGCAUUUUUGGUAGCUUUUACUUUGUAUGUUUCCACUGUUUCAGAUCCACUAAAGAUGGCAACUGUCAAGAAAACACAACUAUUGUCUCCAAGACACAAAUUCAAGGAGACUGCACGAGGAAAGACUAAUUUAAGCACUUUAAACAAAAUUUUCCUAAUCCUUUACUCAUAUAAUAUUGCUAAAGCACUUUGACUAUAAUUUCUGAAUAAUUUUUAGAAAGGCUCAAUGGAAACCAGUGAAAAUCAGUUUCUGAAAUAUUGCAUGAGAUUGUAGGUAACACCUGAUCUAGUGAACGGACCUGAUGUCAACCUGGGAAUAUGCAGAUACAAUCAAAACAAAGAGAACUGGAAAUUCUUGAUACUUUUAAGCUGUUGGUUGAGCGCUUAGAAAUAAAAUAUACGUUCUGUGUGCCUGUA